ACAAAUACAACAAUUAUCGGAAUAUGUGGAAUGGGCGGCAUCGGUAAGACAACUCUGGCAAAGGUCCUAUACAACAAUCUCUCUAGUCAAUUCGAACAUCGUAGCUUCUUGACAGAUAUUCGAGAAACAUGUGCACGGAAGGGUAUUGAAUGCCUGCAAAAGCAACUCAUUUGCGAUAUACUAAGAACUCCAUGUGACGUGUCUAAUGUCGAGGAGGGAAUCGGUGUCAUAAGGUCUCGCUUUACAAGUAAGAAAGUCCUCAUUGUCCUUGACGAUGUGGAUGAUGAUACUCACUUGAAUGCUUUGGCCGGAGAGAGUAGUUCGUUUGAAGCUGGUAGUAUGGUCAUCAUAACAACUAGAAACAAGAGUAUUCUUGAGGAGGCUACGGCAAGCCCUAUCUACCAACUCAAAGAAUUGCCUUCGGAUCAAUCGCUGAUUUUGUUCAGUAGAUAUGCAUUUCGAAAGGAUUCUCCUCAGAGCGAUUAUGAGGUUAUCUCUGGUGAUGUUGCAUCAACCACUGGGGGGCUUCCCUUAGCGCUUAAAGUUAUAGGUUCGUUUUUAUGUGGAAAGGGAAAAGAAGUAUGGGAAGAUACAUUAAAAAAAUUAAAGAAGGUGCCUCACAUAAAAGUGCAAGAGAAGUUGAAGAUAAGUUACGAUGCGUUAAAUCCUGAGGAGCAACAGAUAUUUCUGGAUAUUGCAUGUUUUUUUAUUGGAUGGCAUAAACAAAGUCCGACUUAUAUGUGGGAUGCCUGUGAGUUUUUUCCGGCGACAGGGAUUGAAGUAUUAAGUCUUUUGUCCCUCAUUGAAAUUGAUGAAAGCGGCAAUCUAAUGAUGCAUGAUCAACUGAGAGAUUUGGGAAGGGAAAUUGUUCGUCAAGAAAAUGCAAAGGAGCCUUGGAAGUGGAGUAGAUUAUGGAAUCAUAAGGACGCCGAAGAUGUGGUUGACAACAGCAAGGGGACUAGAAAGAUUGAGGCCCUUUGUCUUUGGAAUUAUGGUGAGGGAGGAAGAAGUUAUACGGCUGAACAAUUUAAAGAGCUGGCCAACUUGAGGUUCUUUCAAAUGAAUGGUGGGAAUUUCACUGGAGAUUUCCAGAACUUGCUUCCUCAAUUAAGAUGGCUCCAAUGGCAGGAUUGUCCGUCAGAUUUCGCAGCGGCCAACUUUCAUCCGAAGAAAUUAGUCGUGCUCGAUCUAUCGUAUAGCGACAUUUCGGAGGACUGGGGAGGAUGGGGUCCACUAAAGGUGGCAACCGAACUCAAAGUUCUCAAUCUCACGUGGUGUUGGUCUUUGAAAGGAACUCCCGACUUGUCCGCUUUCAAAAGCUUGGAGAUUUUGAUUCUUGAAAAUUGUAGCGGUUGGAAGAGAUUCAUCCUUCUAUCGGAGACCUCAAGACCCUCGUCUCCUUGAAUGUCCGGCGUUGUGUUAAAUUGAAGGAGCUACCGGCCGGAGUAGGCAAAAUGGAAAAUUUGAGGGAGCUUAUCUUAGAUGAAACUCCCAUACGAGAGAUUCCUAUUUCGAGA